GGCCACAGCGAGUCAUGUGAACAUUUCCCAAGUGGAGUUUCCACGACAGCUGGAAGCCGAGCGGAACAGGCACAUCGUUUCUUUGCUGAAAUUACUGGAAAAUAACAAUACUUCUGCUUGUCCUAACACCUCCACAUAAUCCUUGGUCUGGCAUGGGCGACAAGAGGAGUCCCACAAGGCCGAAGCGUCAACCGAAGCCCUCCUCCGACGAGGGGUUUUGGGACUGCAGCGUGUGCACGUACAAAAACACAGCAGAGGCUUUUAAGUGCAUGAUGUGUGAUGUCAGGAAGGGGACAUCAACCAGGAAGCCUCGCCCUGUCUCACAGCUGGUUUCGCAGCAGCAGGUAACACAGCAGUUUGUGUUGCCCUCGCAGCCCAAAAAGGAAAAGAAGGAGAGGGUGGAGAGGGAGAAGAGCGACAGAGAGCCAGUGCUCAAGAAGAACAGUCACAAGAAGAUGAGGCCGAGAUUAAAAAACAUCGACAGGAGUAGUGCCCAGCACCUGGAGGUGACGGUCGGGGAUCUGACGGUCAUCAUAACAGACUUUAAGGAGAAGGCUAAACCCUCGUCCACCUCAGCCACAUCCUCCAGCGCAACUUCACUGGCUGACUACCACAACCAGAAUGGCUCCAGCUCAGAAAACACAGAGAAGGGGCUUUCCUGCUCCUCCUCACCCCGAGGAGAGGGCAGUUCAGUCAACGGAGAGUCCCACUGAAUUGUCCCCUCAAACCUCGCCCACCCUCCACCCACAUCUCCCCUGAAAGUCCAUAGAUCACUAUAGGAGCAUUCUGUCUCUAUGUUAGAGCUGCACAAUACUGACUCAAAUAGUUUUUGCUUACUUUCUCCUGGAUAUUUUAGUUUAAUAGGAAUUGAAACUGAUUUGUCAGAGAAUGAAGUGCCAGCCCAUCAGAUUUGGCAAGUUUGUUCACAGAUUCUCCACAGCACUGGAAUUCUUCAUUUAGAAAGUAAUAUGAAACACUGUUUGCUUCAUCUUGGAAAAUGCAGUAGUCUACAUUACAAGGAACAUUUUGGACAGUGUGCUGGACACUUUAUCCACUAUGAUUUACAUCUAUAUUAAACAAAUGUGCAGCCCCACCCUUGAUGUCACCUUCAGUGACAGGCAGAGUGACCUAUUCUUCCCCCAUGUGGAAUUAAAACUUCUUUUCCUGUCUGUUAUAAACCUAAAACAUGUAGAACAAAGUACCUACACUGAACCUUCAACUUGACGGAGAACAUUUGCUCUUGAUCUUGAUAUGCCUGGUGUUUAAUUGUGGACUGCCUCUGCUGUAGUGGGACGUUUUUUUGACAGCGUAGUGGAUACACUCCUUCUGGGACCAUUUGGUGUUUUCCAUACAGUUUGGUGCAGGUUAUACUUGUUAUGUCCAUAUAGAGACCCCUGGCAGUUUUUGAGAAAAGCCCACUUUUAAAUGAAGGUGUGAUGUGUGAUUUUAAAGGAUAAUAUUGGUGUCUUUUGUUUUCAGUUUGUCCCAGUAACCUAUACUACUCCCCUUUUAUAUUACUCCCAGGUGUCAGCACAGAAUCAGCUAAGCAAGAGAUACUGUAAAAGCAGGAUUUUGUUAUUCUCUCUUGACUGCCAUUCAACCAUGAACAUAAACCAGCAUUAAGUGAUAUUUCUGAUAUAAACAUAGAAUCACAUUACUUACUAAUAAUGUGAAAAGCCGAACAUGUAGGUUUUCUGACCCUCACGUAGACCAACCAUAGACCAUUCAUGCCCAGCAAAGUAGUUUAGAUAAGCUGUUACACAACAUGAAACUGCAAAAAUUCUUAACCAGCUAUAUGCUAAGUACAAACCAGAGCAAAUGGGCAGGUGAAUACUGGACUUAACUUGCUCAAGAAGCCGGAAAUAUAAGCUCCACUCGUACAGCUAAAUAUGCAAAUAAGCAAUUAAUUGCUAGCAUAUUAACUAUAACAGCUAAAGUUGAGAAUAUUUUGCAAAUAUGGCAACAUUUCUUAUUACAAAUGCAUGUCAUCAUAUUUCAGCUACUUACUCAGUUACUUUCUCAAACAAGCUCAUUUCAACCUAGGUUGAUCUCAGUAGAAGGAGAUAAAAAGUGAUGUAGCUCUAAAUUACACCAGUAUUUUCCUCCCAUCGCUGCUGCACAAACAGGCCUGCACCUGCUCAAUGUCUCAAUGCGAAACCAGAGUGUGCUGAUGCUACUCUACACCCACAGUGGACCCAGGUUGGAUUCAGCAUGGUGCCUGUACAGCGGUGAAAGAGUUUUGACAUUUAUGAGCAGAACAGAUGAUGGAAACUGAAUUUCUUUACUUUGACAUAACAAAAUGGAGAAGGUAUAUAGUGAACUCCCAGCAGAACAAAUAUAGAUCAACCUAACAAUACAAUGACUUAUAAAACCAGUUUGAAUACCUACACAGAUGAAAUGAAUGGUUCUAAAAUAUUGUACAAUGUUUUGAUGUGGUUGUAGUAUCCAUUAUACCAGUGUUAAUGUCAAGAUUACUUUAACAUUUUAACACACAUCAUGGGAAUUGUCAUGGCAUGAUAAUAUUAUGGUCUCAGUAUAUUGUGGGACAGGCCAUGUCUCUUAGUUUGUUAAUAUGGUUUAAUGUGUCAGAGACGUACUCCCAUAGGUUCACCACACUAGCUGGGACUAGGUGUGUGGACUUUGCACAGACAUUUAUUAUUUGGUUGUGGCAAAAAUGGAAGACACUUAAAUGUGUUAGUGUCAUUUGUUGAUAUUUGCUUUGCUUUCCCAUGCUCAGUUGUUUAAAAUGUGUGAACUUGUUUAUUACAUGUCUGAAUAAGAAAAUAACAAAUUUCAAACAAAAAACUGUCUUAUGCACAAAAUUUGGCUUUGUUAUUAAUCACUUUCCUACACACGUGCAUGCGUACACAAUUUUGUAUUUUCACUCAUUUGUUCAUAUGUCUUGUGUCUUUUAGCUCCAUCUGGUGAAUGACUCAAUAACUGCUGUUUAUCUUCAACAAUGCAUGCAGGCUCACUUUACUUAAGUUCAGGCUCAUAAGGCAAAACUCUGCACACCCAAAUUUGCAUUUGAAAACAGUGUUUAUUGAUAUAUUAGGUACAUCAGAAAUCGUCAUUACAUAGUUCACAGUAGUUAGGAACAUAAGUUACUGUUUCUGCACAAAUUAGCUACAUCAUUAUAUAGCCCCUUUUCUUGCAAACCUAAUGAAAAUGCAAUUUGCAUGGAGGUCUGUGUGUCUAAUACAGCCCACUUUAAUAAAGAGAGCUCAUUCCUUAGAGCCAUGAAUAGCUCUUUUCAUUGGUGAAAUCAAUCUUUUCCUCUCUUUAUAUUCACAUUUGUCUCAGAUUGUGUAAAUUGUGCAGCACUUCAGAUCACAGAAGAAUAAUAAAAUAUCGGGGAAUCUCUCACUAUAUUUGCAUGUUGAUGCAAGCAAACAUCAAAGACCAAAAUCCCAAGUGAACAAACUGAGGCUGCCAGUUUAUAUUUAGAUGAUAGAUUUGAUUCACUGCAAGUUAUUCAGAAUUUGCCUUCCCAGUUUUGAUAAAUCACUACAUGCUUUAUUGUAAUGUAGAAAAGAGGCAAAACCUUGCCUUUUUUGUUACAUUUCAAAUAAAUGGCCAGUUUCAUUUUUUACAACAAAAACAAAGACAAUAUAUAGAAACAAUACAAAGAGUAGAUUGAUAACUUAUUUAAAACUUUCCUAUUCCUAUUAAUUGCAUUGAACUAACAAGUCAUCAGUGACCUGAAUUUCUUCUUCAGGGUUUUUAACCUGAUCUUUGCAGUUACUAAGAUAACCAACAGUCCGUGGUAGGCUAAAGGUUAAGGCCCAGCGCUCUCGCUGCUGCGGCCCGGGUUUGAAUCAGGGUUGUGUCAGGAAGGGCACCCGGCAUAAAAC